AUGAGUGCAUCUGAAAAUAUCGAAUUCUUUCUUUCUGUUUCUUUUUCUUUCUUUAUUUGUCUUUCUUUCUUUCUCGCAUUUUUUAUUUUCACUUUCUUUAUUUUCCUCCUUUCUUUCUCAUUCUUUCUAUUUUUUCCAUUCAGCUUACUCACUUUCUUGUUUUCCUUUUCCUUUUCUUUCUUUCUUUCUUUCUUUCUUUCUAUUUUUCAUGCAAUUUACAGUCUUUAUUCAUUUUAUUCCACUUUUAUCUUUCUUUUUCUUUUCCUUUUUUCAUCCCAUUUACUGUCUUUCUUUCUUUCACUUUUUCUCUUUCUUUCUUUUUCUUUCAUUCAUUCUUUCUUUCUUUCUUUCUUUCUUUCUUUCUCUUCUUCUUUGAGUUCUUCCUUUUCCUUGCAUUCUGUCCACAUUUUCUUCCCCGCCACUUCUCGUCUUCUACUUCUUCUUUUUUCUUUUCGCUUCUUCGUUCCACCUCUGUUUUACUUGUCUUCUCUCCACAUUUUUCUCUCCACUCUUUCUUUCUCUCUAUUUCUGCUCUUCCCUCUACCUUUUCCACGUCUCCUUCUUUCUUUUCUUCUAUUCCUUCCUAAGUAUUUAAUUUCUCUUUAUCUUCUUCUUCCUUUUCACUUCUCUUUCUCUUUCUCUCUCUGCUUCUUUCUACUUCUCUUAAUUCCUCUCUCGUUAUUUGGCCGCGUUCAAUGA